AUGUCUGCAUCAAAUUCCCGGAAGCGAGCAGCCCCCGGUGCGACGCCAGUCGUACCAAUCCAGCGGAAUGUGCCGCAAUCACAUCCAGCCGAUCAUAGUACUGGAGCGAACCCUAUGAUGCAAUGGAAUACCGCUGGCGGUGCGACCGAGCCGACCGACUACUUCAGUGCUGCCACGGCACACCGCGAGGAUCCAUAUGGGCUUGCGCAAGCACAGCAGACAUACCCCGCAGCCGUGAAUGCGCCAUCGAAUUCACUUGCACGGCGACAAACGAACCGUGCUCUUGUUCCCACGAACCUAAGAGCUUCCUACGACCCUUCUUCGGACCAAUGGAACGCUUUUGGCGAUGACGGCCUCCUCGUUCCGCAGACCGCGACGGAGGGCAGGGUGGAGCAGGACAACGUGGAAGUUUUAGAAGAAAUGGCCCAGAAGGCGAAGCGAGAAGCUCAGGCCAAGAGGAAACAGAUUCCGCCAUUCGUUCAAAAACUAAGCAGUUUCCUGGAAGAACGAAAAAAUGAAGAUUUAAUUCGCUGGUCAGAAAAGGGCGACUCUUUUAUAGUACUGGACGAGGAUGAGUUUGCCAAGACACUGAUUCCCGAGUUGUUUAAACACAAUAAUUAUGCGUCUUUCGUGCGACAGCUCAACAUGUAUGGCUUCCACAAGUGCGUGGGGCUUUCAGACAACUCCAUGAGAGCAAGUGAGCGCAAAAACAAGAGUCCAAGCGAGUACUCGAAUCCAUACUUUCGACGAGGCCACCCGAAUCUUCUAUGGCUUAUAAAUAAACCGAAGAGCGGUGGCAAAUCGAAAAAGGGCAACAAGGGCCCGGACGGCGACGGAGAUAGUGAAGAAGAAGUCAUCCACGAAGAUAUCUUGGCUCAUCAGGGUAUCCCGUCGGCCAAUAACACGAACCGAUCUCUACCCGCCGCUGGGACUGAUGCCAAUCAGGCUCUCCCCAAGAAGGAGAUGACAUUGAUCAAAGAGGAGCUACAGAAAGUGCGAGAGCAGCAGAAGCUGAUUCUCGGAGCCAUUAACCGUCUACAGCGAAACAACAACGACUUAUACAAUCAGGCGAUGUUGUUUCAGAGCCAGCAUGACCGGCAUCAGAACUCGAUUAAUGCCAUCCUCAAUUUCCUAGCCAACGUCUUCAGAAAGACGUUGGAAGAUCAGGGUAACCCGCAGAAUGUCGGAGAUAUCAUUUCUAGCAUGAUUGCCAAUCAAGGCCAGCAGCCAACCCACCAAGGCAGUGUUGUUGAUCUGGGAGAUUUCUUCCAGGCACACCAACCUAGCACCGCCAGCUCAAUGAGCGUUCCUACACCUAGAAAGACUCAGAAACUGCUCCCAGGAAUCCCCCUGGCCAACCAGCCAUCAGUCCAGCCGAGCCGGUCGCCGUCGACCAGCAGCACACCGUAUCUCCCAGUUGGGGCUCAUCCUGAGAUGGGGCAUGUUACUGAGCUGCUCGAUACGUCACCUUCGGAUACGACACCAAACCUCAGGCAAGAACUCGAGGCCAAUCCCCACGAACGAAUGAUGAAGAUAAUAAAUGACCACAAUGCGAGCAAUCCCCUUGAUUUACCAGACGCAACUCAACUAGUGAACAAUGCUCCGAAUACUUUGAGCAACGACCAGAGGAGCAAACUAGUCGACUUGAUGGCAUCACAGUCGACAUCUUCUGCGGUGCCAAACAUGCCUGCCGUGUCUGAUCCUUUAGCCAAAAGACCUCCUGCCACUGCCGCGUCAGCCGUCCCUCCUCCAGCGCAAGGCGGUAGCCCCGUAGCGCCAUCGCUCUCACCGAUCAUGCGGUCACCGACUAUGCCAGCGCCAUCCCUGCAACAUAUUAGCACGAACCAGACUGAACUCGAACAACUCAAACGACUACAGAAUGAACAGGAUGCAAAAAUCCACGAGCUAAGCGGCAUCUUGGGGCCGCUGAGUCCAAAUGGACACAUUCCAGGCAUAGACGAUGGAAACGAAGCCUAUUUCGACGCUCCACCUGUCGAUUUGGACCAGUUCUUUGAUAGCAACGCCUUUCUGAAUGAUGCUCACUUUGGAGACGGAAAUGAUUUCAAUUUCAAUAUCGAUGCUGAUGGACUUCACAACGGCCUUGAUAUGGCUAACCACAAGUUUGAUACUCCAAGUCCUGCGGGAACUGAGGAAAUUCACCGAGAUGACCUGGGGUUGAACGGUAGCCCUAAUCACGGGAAUAAGAGGCGGCGCAUGGGUUGAUGUUUUUCGGCGGUCGACUGCCCAUGAACUUGAACAUUUUGCUGCUCUGCGCAAUAUGGGGGGAUUCUGGUAGCCCAAUAUGUUUUGGCCUAAAUAUUCCAUGUGACGUGGCUCAAACUGGUUAAAACAAGCUGCCACGAAGGUGAAAUACACACAUGGUCUUGCUAUCAAUUGAAUGCUCCCAGAAAGAGUUGCCGAUAUAUAUGCCACAGAUUUAUCAAAAUCAACAGAGAAGGCCGCAACAUAAAAGAGGCGAACCCGCGAUGGGGCGAAAUGGGGAUACAAGGCAUCUACUGGAGCAAUGUUAAAGGACUAGCUUGUUUAAUGAGGAGCCCCUCUUUCACAUGAAACAUAUUCAAACAAAGACUUCACUUCGCGCUGCUAUAAAAACAAAAAAGUUUCUGUCGCAGCAUAUUAUUUGGCUUCAUUCGAUACGGGAGGAAGGAAUUGGUAGAGGCGUUUCCAUGGUGGGCUUACUGUUUUUCUUUUCUUUUAGCCAGCAGUGGCAAUAGCUAGUAUACAACGUACGAAGGGGGUUUCUUCUAAAUAGACAUUGUACGGAGUUUGGAAGCAUACCGUUUCGAAACAAAGCCCAGAACAGAACAGAACAGAACAGAACCACAUUAUUUUCCCUUUCU